AUGCCACAAACAGCAGGCCUAUCCCGCAGCUCCAACCCUGCCGCCACCCCAGAAACAGCAGGCCUAUCCCGCAGCUCCAACCCUUCCGCCACCCCAGAAACAGCAGGCCUAUCCCGCAGCUCCAACCCUGCCGCCACCCCAGAAACAGCAGGCCUAUCCCGCAGCUCCAACCCUGCCGCCACCCCAGAAACAGCAGGCCUAUCCCGCAGCUCCAACCCUGCCGCCACCCCAGAAACAGCAGGCCUCUCUCGCAGCUCCGUCCUGCCGCCACCCCAGAAACAGCAGGCCUAUCCCGCAGCUCCAACCCUGCCGCCACCCCAGAAACAGCAGGCCUCUCUCGCAGCUCCGUCCUACCGCCACCCCAGAAACAGCAGGAAUAUCCCGCAGCUCCGUCCUGCCGCCACCACCAACCAUAAACAUCUCAAUCGGUGCUGA